ACAGUCAAUUAAUGUUUUUGACACGCCUAUUUGAUUACAGUCCCUGUUUUAUAUGAUUAUUUCAUUAAAUUGUGUUGUAAUAUCUAUUUUGUGAAGUGAUUUCAGUGCUCUAGUACAUUGUUUAUUGUAUAAACAAUAUUGCGUGUGUCAAUAUCUUCAUACUUCACGAAUUAUCAAGCGAGCAUGGCGACCAUGACCGAUCCCUACGGCACGACGGGCACCCUGACCCUCAAGUGGGACCCCAAGAACCUGGAGAUCCGCACCACGUCGGUGGAGAGGACCCUGGAGCCCCUCGUGCUGCAGGUCACCACACUGGUGAACAGCAAGGAUAGAGCCGCCAAGAAGAAGAGGCCUGGCAAGUCCAAACGGGCUAGUGCUUUGGUGGCGACCGUGGAACGAGCGACGGACAUCUUCAUAGAGCGAGGGCAGACCAUCGCGUACGAGAACCCCGAGAUCACGGAUGAGAUGCUGGCCGCGGUGGAGGAAGUCAGGAAGGCGGGCGCGGCGAUGAGCGUGGCGGCGCGCGAGUUCUCGGAGGAGCCGUGCGCGUCGGCCGUGCGCUCCGGCAUGGUGCGCGCCGCGCGGGCGCUGCUGUCCGCCGUCACGCGCCUGCUCAUCCUCGCCGACAUGGUCGACGUGCACCUGCUGCUGUCCAAGCUGCGCACGGUCGAGACAGAUCUGGACAAGCUUAAGUCGGCAUCCUCCCAAUCCGAACUGGUGGAAUCAGCUCGCCAGUUCGGAAGGUCCGCCAACGAGUUGGCAGCUCAAGCCGCCAAGCGUCAGCAGGAGCUGAAGGAACCCCGGAUGAAGGACGAGCUUGCUGCUGCCAGGGCUGUGCUCAAGAAGCAUUCUACCAUGCUGUUGACUGCGUCUAAGGUGUACGUGCGCCACCCCGAGCUGGCGGCGGCGAAGGCCAACCGCGACUACGUGCUGCGUGCCGUGUGCUCCGCCGUCGACACCAUCUCCAGCGUGGCGCAGGGCCGCCCGCUGCCCAACGGAGGCACGCGCCCUCCGACGGAGGGUCCGGGCGAACUAGCGCAGGCGCUCGACGAUUUUGACGAGCGCAUGGUGAUGGAGCCGCUAGCGUACUCGGAGUUGCGCACGCGGCCGUCGCUGGAGGAACGGCUCGAGUCCAUCAUUUCAGGCGCAGCCCUCAUGGCUGACAGCUCUUGCACCAGGGACGAACGUCGAGAGCGCAUCGUGGCCGAGUGCAACGCGGUGCGGCAGGCGCUGCAGGACUUACUGCACGAGUACAUGACCAAUGCGGGACGCGCGGAGCAGUCGGAAGCGCUGGAGCGCGCCAUCGAGGGCAUGUGCCGCAAGACGCGCGACCUGCGCCGCCAGCUGCGCAAGGCCGUCGUCGACCACGUCUCCGACAGUUUCCUGGAGACCAACGUGCCGUUACUGGUGUUGAUGGAGGCAGCCCGCAACGGCAACGAGAAGGAAGUGGAGGAGUACGCCCUCGUGUUCACUGAGCACGCCAACAAGCUUGUCGAGGUGGCAAACCUGGUGUGCUCGAUGUCGAACAACGAGGAUGGUGUGAAGAUGGUGCGACAUGCUGCCGGGCAAAUAGAGGCGCUCUGUCCACAGGUGAUCAACGCAGCACUGGUGCUGGCGGCGCGGCCGCGAUCGCGGGUGGCCCAGGAUAACGCGGGCGCGUUCGCUCGCGCCUGGGAGGCAGCCGUGCGGCUGCUCACCGACGCAGUCGACGACAUCACCACCAUCGACGACUUCCUCGCCGUCAGCGAGAACCACAUCCUGGAGGACGUGAACAAGUGCGUGGUGGCACUGCAGGAGGCCGACCCCGACUCGCUCGAGCGCACCGCCGGCGCCAUCCGUGGCCGCGCGCACAGGGUGUGCUCCGUGGUGACACAGGAAAUGGACAACUACGAGCCCUGUAUAUACACGAAGCGGGUCCUCGAGGCUGUCACCGUGCUCAGGGAUCAAGUAAUGUCAAAGUUCGCGGUUCGCGUGGACGCGGCGGUGUCCGCGUUGGGCGGCGGCGCGGGCGCAGGCCUCGAUGAAAACGACUUCAUCGACGCGUCGCGGCUCGUGUACGACGCGGUCAGGGAGAUCCGGAGGGCUGUUUUGAUGAACAGGACCAGCGACGACCUCGACACCGACACGGAGUUCGAACCGGUCGAGGAUAUGACCAUGGAGACGAGGAGUCGAUCGAGCGCUCACACCGGCGAACAUGGUGUGGAUGAGUAUCCAGAUAUCAGUGGCAUCACGAACGCUAGGGAGGCCAUGCGGAAAAUGACCGAGGAGGACAAGCGCAAGAUCCUGCAGCAGGUGGAGCUGUUCCGACGCGAGAAGAUGACCUUCGACAACGAGGUGGCCAAGUGGGACGACGCCGGCAAUGAUAUCAUCAUGCUCGCCAAGCACAUGUGCAUGAUCAUGCUCGAGAUGACGGACUUCACCAGGGGGCGCGGCCCAUUGAAAACUACAAUGGAUGUCAUCAACGCGGCCAAGAAGAUAUCCGAGGCAGGCACUAAACUGGACAAGUUAACUCGAGAAAUUGCUGAACAGUGCCCGGAGUCGUCCACCAAGCAGGACCUGCUUGCAUACCUGCAGCGCAUCGCUCUCUACUGCCAUCAGAUACAAAUCACAAGCAAGGUGAAGGCGGACGUGCAGAACAUAUCCGGAGAGCUUAUUGUCAGCGGGCUGGACAGCGCGACGUCACUCAUACAGGCCGCCAAGAACCUCAUGAAUGCGGUGGUCCUCACCGUCAAAGCGUCUUACGUCGCCUCCACCAAGUACACGAGGCAGGGCACCAUCGCUUCACCGAUCGUGGUGUGGCGGAUGAAGGCGCCGGAGAAGAAGCCGCUCAUCCGGCCGGAGAAGCCCGAGGAGGUCCGCGCGAAGGUCCGCCGCGGCAGCCAGAAGAAGCAGCCGAGCCCCGUGCACGCGCUCGCCGAGUUCCAGAGCCCGGCUGAGAGUGUUUAAGGCAAUAAGGCGAGCUUCGGAAACGUCGUAUUUAUUUAUAUUUAAAGUAAAUUCGGAAGCUCACAACAAAAUUGUAUUGUGAUUGUAAUUUCUUAAAUUUAUAGCUCAUUUAUUAGUAUUAAUAUAUAUAUAUAUAUAUAAGGCCCAUUUCAUAUUGAGCGAAGUGCGGAUAAUAAUCAAUAAAACAAAAUAAAAAAAAAAAAAUAUUGGCAGAAAGUUACAUAGUUACAACAGAAAAUACAGUAAUGUUUUUAAAUAUAAGAAGUGUCUCUUAUCAGGCAAAAGGAACUGGCUCAGCUGAUGCUGCGGGUGUCCCAGUGCAGUGUGUACAGCUGCACAGCGCUGGUAUACAGCUAGUAGUGUAUUGAAUGACUUAAAAAAAAUAUAUAUAUAAAAACUGUUUAUCAUGAAAAGUUACAACACAACGUAACACAUCUAAAUGAUAUCUUUAAAUUUUAUUUAUUUAUUUACACAUUACACUGAACAAACUUUUCAUUUAAAUAAUUUAUUAGAUACAAUGUCUUUUUAAGAAAAUAAUGUAAAUUAUACAUGCUACAUAUGACAAAAACAACAGAGAAAUUAAGAUUACACAAUUAUAUAAUAACGUUAUUACUUUAUUUUGAAAUUAGAAUAAAAGAAGAAAAAUAUAUUAAAAAAACAAAAUGAAUGUAGCAGUAUUUGUGCAAAGGACCUUGUUCACUACACUAUUAAACUGCACCGAGUAUUUUUGAGCUUUAUUAAUCAUUUUAAUACAAAAAAACAAAUCACUAUAUUGUAAUGGAACAUUAGAAUAUAUAUCGCGAUGCAAUAUUCACCUAACGCCAUCUAUGUGGUCAAUAGUGAACUAAUUUUGCUGUUUACUGAACAGAUUUAACUCAGCAUGUGUCGCAGUUUCAUAUCUGAAGCUACGCCAUUGAUUUUCAGUAGGCCCUAAAUAUGUAAAUUUUUAUUUGACAUAUUAAUCACUGGCUGCGCUUCGUUCGAUCUGGAACGGGCCUAAUCGGCCAAAAUUGUAUUAUUUUGCAUGCAUUUUUAUACUGUUAUGAAUAUUAAUAAUUAUAGUGAGUUAUUAAUGAAAGUGGGUUGCAAUUUUGAAAAUGCUCUAUAAAGAAAUAAACUGUUUCCUGCGGUUUCGCACGCGGAUCUUUUUAGCUCUUAUUUUUAUAUGGGAAUGUAUGUUUCAUGAUUAGUAAUCUUUCAUUCUUUUUUAAUACAAUCGUUUUUAGAAAUUUCGUCUAUCUAUCUGUCUGUUUGUUCCAACAUCACACAAAAAUUACUGCACCAAGUCGGAUGCGGUUAUUAUAGUUGUAUUUCUAAAGGUGUAACUUAAAAACUGAUUUGAUCUUAACACAUCAUCUAUAAGUGAUCUAUUUCAUUGUAUUUCCAACUUCUGAAAUCCACGCGGUGCGAACUAGCUGGUAAAAAGGUUGUAAACCAUAAAAAGUGUACGGUCAACAUUGCAACUCACUUUAGUGCAAGUCGGUUAAGGAGUAACGAAAAUUUCUACGUAAUAAGACAGCCAAAUUUUUAUAGUUAACCCACGUAUGGUACAAUAAUACUGUAGGUAUUAAACAGUUAAAAUUAACUAAAGCAAGGAAUUAUGGAAAAAUACUGGUAUCACGUUUGGUUAAGUUAAGAAAACGAAUGAGGCAACUUCAAACAUGUGAUUUCAAGAUGGCAGCUAGAUUUCUAGCCAUUUUUCUCUUUUUUAUAAAUAAAUUGUUUAAAUCUAGCACGCGUGAGUGACAUUUGUCAUAUUGACAAAUAUCGCUUUAAACUUCACGAAUUGUAAUCUCAGUAUUGGGAACGUUCUAGAAGAAGCGCAGAGCGUUGUAGCAAAUCGCAGAAGGUGCCUGAAGCUGCUAAGAUCAGCGCAGACUAAUGGAAUCGUGGUGAACAUCAAUUGAUUUGAAAAUUACACGAUCGAAGUUUAUUAUUAUUAUGCUUACUAAUGUUAUAAUUUAGCUGCAUGGUCCCGUCAUAGAAUACGCCGCCCCUUCCUUUCCCGUGGGUGUCGUAAGAGGCAACUAAGGCAGCGCCAGGGAUGGACAGCAGCGUCCCUCUUAACCCUUCUUUGCAUUACAUUGGUGAAUUAAAUCGAGGUGAUAUAAUUCGUGUUCAAAAUUAAAGGAAAAAUGGUUGAAAAAAUAAAUUUGACAGCUAUGGUUUUUUUUUUCUGCAAUGGAAAUUAAAAAGGUGUCCAGACAAGAUCAACUUAAAAUGAACUUGUUCUUUUAUAUAAUUUUGGACAUUCAAUGUUAUGAUGGAAAUUUCCACCAUUAUGCAAAGAAGGGUUAAAACAUCUCCAGAGUCUAACUGUGGUUGCCAAUCCGCCUGACAAGCGUAGCAACUAGUGACUCCCUAAAGGGGAGGCUUGUGUCCAGUAGUGGACAAUUAAAGGCUGAUACGAUGAUGAUGAUAUUAUAAAUGUGAAAAUGAGUUUGUUUGUUUGUUUGUUACCUCUUGGCAUCUUUACAGUUAAGCGACCGCUAUGAAAUUUUGGUAUACACGUACUAUAUGGGGAUGGAGAAAAGGAUAUAGGCUACCUUUUAUCGCGGUCAUGCGGACAAAGUCGCGAAUAAAAGCUAGUAUUUUAUUAAAUGAAACUACAUUUUUUCGAAAUGGUCCUAAUAUUUUUUCUUUAUGGGUGAAAAUGGUAUGGUAACUUUGCCUGCGCUAACGGGAUACGCUGGCGGAGCACCAGUGAAGGGUGAUAGAUGAGAAUGAAAACAGGCCAGUUAGCCCAUCAUGAUGAAUUCAUUAGGAAUUAACCAUGAUAGUUUUCAGGGGGAACCGCGAGGAGGUCAAACUGGUUGGGUAUAUUGCUAGCAAUGGAACUGGUAGUCUGCAUUACUAACAAUCCCUUCUCCCCCACAAAUUUAAAGUUAAAUUUGUCAUAAUGACAAAUGUCACUCAUGCAAGCGAUAGGGUUUAUUUGAAACUAAUCCAUCGGCAUAUUGUACGUAAGGUCUAAUUAGCGGAACUUGUAUAACACAUUAGAACAUUUAUAUAACGCAGUCGAGUAAUAUGAUAAGAGUGUUUACGUCGUAGUGUGUUAAUAUCGAAAUUGUUUUUGAAAAACAGUUGUACAAUUUUAAAUUAUAAUUUUUAGUCUAUGAUUAACGUUUCAGUUAUCUACCUAUUUUUGAAUAAUUAGUCAGAAACAAUUGUGUAGUUUUUCUUGUUUAAGAAUUGUUCCAAUAUUGUGCACCGCUGUAUCCGCUGACAUUGACGCUCCUUUCCACUUUGGGUGUUGAUGGCGGAGAACUCUUGCAGAGUUAAGCUCGCCUUUGUACGUUUGCUCACCUCUGUCAUAUUUUUUUAUGUAUUUAUCAAUGUGUACAAUAAAAUAUAAAAGAAAAUAAAUUGAUAAUUGUUAAAUUGUUUUUUCGAAAAUGGACAGGUAACUGGGAAGUUGCCACACUACGGUGUAAAUACACACAGUGUUCGAUCCCAACGAUUUAUCAAAACAGCUCACAAUUUGUAAUAAGUAGAAACGUAGAUUAGUCUUGGAUAACUAGUUUGUAAGAGAUAUAGCAAUACUGUGGGCGUUUGAUAAAUACAUACCAUAUAUGUAUAACAUUUGUAAAUCAUAAAAAUAAACAAAGUUAUUCCAAUAUAUUUUUACUGAACCGCUUGGUUGUCUUGCGGAAGUUCAUCAUCAUCAUCACCACUUCAGCCCUUAUCUCACCACUGUCACAGAUAAUAUAAUACUGUACUAGUACAGAUAGAAUGUCUUAACCGUUUUGGUGCCAUUCAUUUUUACUAUCUACUUAAAAAUGCCAAAGAAAUCUUUGUCGUGUUGAUGUCAUUUACCAUUGUCUCUAACCGAAACCGUAUCUCCUCCGAAAAUGAUCCAAUUUUCAUAAUUUUUCUACAGCGAACUAAACAGCGACUGAUUUCACGAGCGCAACGGCAUUCGUAGUCACUCAAACGGUUAAACAAAAAAGUGGAAAGCCCCAACGCGGCUUAUUCAGCGAUUUUAUUCUUAGUUGUUCAUAUGCCCGCUCGAUGUCGCUACUUUCCUAGUCGUUAUUAAAUUAUUUACCGACGACUACUAGUUGAGUUAGCAACCAACAGAUGGCGUAAAUAUCUGGCGUUUGCUAACGUUGUGGUAUAUUGUAGCCACUGCUGAACGUAGACUGUCAUAAUAAAGAAGGGGGCCGUCCCUUAUGACAGUUUACCACUUUACGGAGAUUUUGCUAGCAAUUGCCACGUUUGACUAGUGAUGUCUUCAGAGGGACGCUGCUACCUAUACCUCGGUCAUUAAUUUCCCUUAAUCGCUAUGUCGGGACCUACACGUCAAGUAUUUUUUUUUAUACAACUUAGAAUGGCAAACAAGCUGACGGCCCACCUGAUGGAAAAUGGUAACCGUCGCCUAUUGACAUGAGCAGUACCAUGGACAUAACAGAGUAUACUGUUUCGCCCAUGAUACCCCCCAUGCGUUGCUAUUCCUGAGGACUCAGGUGCUAUUCCUCUGUACCCAAUAAAUUCACGCCAUAUCCCACCCUUCAAACCGAAACACAGCCAUGCAAACACAACUGCUUCACGGUAGAAACACGAAUGGGACAGAGGUAUCCAAGCAAUCGACUUUUGUACAAAGUCUCCCUCUGGUAGUAGCAAGGAUAGUUAAAAAUUGUAUCGUUCUUGCCAUGUUUCUUUGGGAAAAAAUAUUCAAUUUCACACUUACAUUUGUCCAACAGUGGGACAUUUUGUUUAUUUUUAUGAUAAAUUUUAAUGCUAGUUAUUUAUUUAGGAUUAGGAUAGGUUUAUACACGAACUUAUUAAAUACAAAACAUAUAUAACGAUUUAUUAUUUGCCUUCAUAAAAAUGUAAAACCUUAAGCUAUAUGGAUAGAGCAUCGAGUGUAAAAACCGGUCAACUUUUUGUCUAAGAACAAAGAAUUACACAGAAGGAAUGAUAAAAUAAAAACUGUAACGUACACGGUUGCCUCCUCUCUUAUUAAGUUUUUAUUUUACCGUUCCUUCUGUCUAAUUACUUGUUCUUAGCUUUUGACAACUGAUUUGACGUUUGAUUUGACAUUUUGACACAUAUCUUUUUUAAAAUCAGAACGCGCCAUUUAUAUAGUGUUGCAAGUUAAAAGUUUGCCAGGCCCAGUCGGUUUUCUAAAUUUGAAACGGCCACUGUUUUUUAGAUUCACCAGGAGGAAAAAAUAUAAAAUACAUAUGUAUAGUUUUUUAUUUUAUACUUUAUUGCACUUAAAAGAAAGAAAGAUACGGCGAUUAGUUUACCAACUUAUUAGCAAGAAUAGGUUUAUCUUUAAAUGAUUUAAAAACGAUAACAUAUGAUAAGUCUACAUUUCAAAGCAUCAGUAUUAUCAGUUCGAAUCGUUAUGCAUUGUUUGUCUUGUCCUUAUUUAUUAUAUUAUAUAUUUAUUUUUCAACUUACAAUGUAAUUUCUCCCAUAAAUUUAAUAAUUAUUUUUUAUGGUAACCCUUUUGGUGUACACGUGGAAAAAAAAGUUCACUUAGUAUAUAUAUAUAUAUAUAUAUAUAUAUAUAUAUAUAUAUAUAUAUAUAUAUAUAUAUAUAUAUAUAUAUAUAUAUAUAUAUAUAUAUAUAUAUAUUGUUUCAAUUAAACCUUCAAAAAAAGAGUAUAUUCCUUUUUAAAAGGCCGGCAGCACACCUGGCAUUGCUGGUGUUGUGCGUGAUCAUGGGCGGCGGUAGUCACUUACCAUCAGGUGAGCCGCAUGCUCGUUUGCCCCCUGUGUUGUAAAAAAAAACUUUAUAAUAUAUAUAUAAAUUUAUAUUCAUUUACUAUAUUAAUUUAUUUAUUAUACGAUUAGAUACCUUGUCUCUUUCAACUUUCCUGAUCCCGUAAUCCUGUCCCUAAAUUUUCCGCCACUAUAUUCCCGUUUUGUGUUGAGCCAAUUUCCCUGAUUUUUAAUAAAACUUGAAUGGCUAAUGGCUACCCUAAAAAGCCAAAGCAAAGAAGAAAAAAGUUGACCAGUUUUUAAUGAAGCAAUUGUAUGGAAACACUAUGUUUAUAAUCUAAGUGUAAAAGCUACAAUUAGGGGAAAGAGGGGUUGAAGUAGUCGUUUAAUACUAGGGUACAAGUAAUAUCCCAUGCCUAUAUAUAUAUUUUUUUUUAUGGGUGAAAAUGAUAUGGUAACGGUAACUCCGCCUGCGCUAACGGGAUACGCUGGCGAAGCACCAGUGAAGGGUGAUAGAUGAGAAUGAAAACAGGCCAGUUAGCCCGUCAUGAUGAAUUCAACUAGAAUUAGUCACGACGGUUUCCAGGGGAACCGCGUGGAGGUAGACCUGACAGGGUAUAUUGUUAAUAAUGAGGCUAUUUGACCCCAUUACUAUCAACCCGUUCCCCCCAAUCAGGUUGAGUUGGUACAUCGUGGUAGUUUCCAGGGACGAUCGCAUGGGAAGGUUAACAAUACGGGUGUAUAUCAGGUCGACCUCCACGCGUUUCACCUGGAAACCAUCGUGGCAAAUUCUAGUGGUAUUCGUCACGAUGGGCUAAUUGACCUGCCUUUUCAUCCUCACCUAUCAUCCUUCACUGGUGCCCCGCCAGUGUAUACCGAUAGCGCAGGCGGGGUUACCAUUCCAUUUUCACCCAUCAAAAAAAGCUGCCUUACACUUAUUUCAACCCCUCAGGUGUGACUUGUUUAUAAUUAUUUUUAUAUUUAAGUACUUUUGUAACAUUUUAUUUAUUUUGUUAUUCCUAGGAAGUAUUAUAUUAAUAGAUAUUGUGAUUGACAAUUUUUCCAAUUUUCUAUAAAAAAAAAGAAUGUUUUAAACUCAAUAAUUAGGUGAUGAUAUAGAAUAAAUUGUACUUACA